GACUGCUCUUUUCACACCGCCGGGCAUGAAUCCCACCGCCACGGACCCAACCCAACCCCCGCCGCCGGCGCAGCCUCCGCGGUCCUCCUUCAGCUGCAACCGCCACCCGGACGAGCAAUUCACCGGCUUCUGCCCCGAAUGCCUAUGCGAGCGCCUCACCACUUUAGAUCAGUCCGCUUCCAGCAGUAACAACCCUUCUUCAUCCUCUCGCCGCCCGUCCACCUCCUCCAGUUCCGCCGCUGCAGCUUUCAAAUCCCUCUUCUCUAAAUCCUCCGCCGCCGCACCGGCUUCCAGUUCCCUCCCUCCUCCCCCGCCCAAACCUUCCAAAACCUCCUCAUUCUUCCCCGAGCUCCGCCGUACAAAGUCCUUCUCUGCCUCGAAGAAUGAGGCGCUGGGCUUCGCUGCAGCGGCCUUUGAGCCCCAGCGGAAGUCGUGUGACGUAAGGAUCCGUAGCACCCUCUGGUCUCUCUUCUCCAUUGAUGACGUUACCAGACCUUCCACUUCACAAAACCCUCCUCAUUCCAACGAGAACUCCAGCGAUUUUGUCAAUAAACCCGUUCUCGAGUCCAACGAGGAGGAGGAAGGAGAAGAGGAACUCGAUGAUGACCAGGUCUUCUGCGAAAUCACAAAUGAAAGCCAUGUGAUUGAAGAAAUCACCGAGCUUCCAGAAUCUCCAAAAAGUGAAAACCCAUUCGAUAGAGUCCCUAGUUCUGAAAUUGCAGAGGAGGGAGGUUUCGAGGAGGAUGUAUUGAAGCCGAUGAAGGACCAUAUAGAUCUAGAUUCGCAGGUGAAAAAGCCUUCCGGGGGAAGCUUCUGGUCUGCAGCCUCGGUUUUCAGCAAGAAAUGGCACAAAUGGAGACAAAAACAGAAGCCCAAGAAGCCAAACGGGAGUCAAGGCUCAGCUACUUUGCCUGCAGAAAAGAAGCUGCUCUCGAGGCAGUACAGAGAGACCCAAUCUGAGAUUGCAGACUACGGCUUUGGAAGGAGGUCUUGCGAUACUGACCCACGGUUCUCACUGGAUGUCGGGCGGAUUAGCUUUGAUGAUCCAAGGUACUCGUUUGACGAGCCUCGUGCUUCUUGGGAUGGGUAUUUUGUAGGGAGGACAUUCCCAAGGAUGGCUCCUAUGGUCUCUGUGGUGGAGGAUGAUGCUCCUCCAGUGGUAGUUAGCGCUUCGCGUACAGAUUCUCAAAUCCCAGUUGAGGAGCUGCCUUCCAUUCUGAUGAACUCCAUGGAUGAGGACGACUCCCUGCCUGGGGGCUCAGCUCAGACAAGGGAUUUCUAUGCGGAUUCAUCCUCAAGAAGGCGAAAGAGUCUUGAUAGGUCUGGGUCAGUUAGGAAGUCGGCAACCGAUGUGCUGGAUGCUGAGAUUGAGGAAAUGAAAAGCAUUUACAGUGCUAAAGCGUUGACCGGGGGAACAGAUUAUAGCCAUGGCUCAAAGGUGUUGACAGGCGAUAGAGACUCAAACUCCAACUCUUUGAGGGACGAUUGCUCUGAAACGUUUGAGCUCACGGGCUUUAGAGACAAUGGUUCAGUGAUUGACAAUGGGGAGCGAAAGGGUUCGAAAAAGUCAAGGAGAUGGGCCUGGAAUAUAUUAGGUUUCAUAUACCGGAAAGGUGGUGGGAUCAAAGAUGACGAAGAUGAGAGGUACAACAACAGACCAAAUGGGGUGGAUAGGUCAUUCUCGGCGUCCUGGCAGGACCUGAGAAGGGAGAGCAAUGUUGAUAUGAGAGGAGGGGGGGUGAAUAAUAAGAAGGUGUUCCGGAGUAACAGUAGUGUGGCCUGGAGGACAUCAUCAGGCCAUAUAGGUGGAUCCUUUGGGUCUGCAAGGAAAUCUAGUGUGGAGGUGAAUGGGAAUGCCAAGAAGGGGAAGGAGGAUUUCGUGUUGGAGAGGAACCGGAGUGCUAGGUAUUCCCCCAACCAUUUCGACAAUGGUCUCUUGCGUUUUUACUUGACACCCCUAAGUGGCAGUCGGCGAGGGAAAAACAACAGGAAAAACGCAACACAUUCCUUUGCAAGGAGCAUCCUUCGAAUGUACUGAGAUCCACCAAGUAGAAGGGCUGCUGAUGGAGAGGCCACAUUUACUUGAACAACUGACUGAGCUGUGGAAGAUCUGAACAAGUCAGAAGAGGAAUGAAAUAAUGAAACAGAAGCUGGAAAAUUAUUUGUGAAUUCCUUCUGCCCUCAACCAACACACACUUAUAAAUAUAUAUAUAUAUGUGUAUACAUCACUGAAUUGGGAAGUUGGGUAGCUUGAAGGGAAUGUGAUUUUCUAUUCCAAAAACUUGUAUUCCAAACGGCGAUCUGAUGACUCACUCUUGGAUUGUCGCCCCGUAUAUUUAACGGGGUAUAGUGGUAUUAUUAUUAAAAUACGCGCGGCUACAAUAUUAGAGUUCGA